GACAUAAUGGAGGGAGGAGACCACAAUCUACAGAUAGAACAGCUUCUACGGAGGGUUUACGCCACAUAUAAAGAAGGGAUCAGAGUGCAACAGAAUGCAGUUCAGCAAAAGAUUUCAGUCAUUAGAAGCAAGGAAGAGAAACUGGAUGCCUUGCAGAAACAGAAUGACCAGCUACUCCUGGAGAAUAAGAAACUGCAGUCCUUACUUGCUGGAAAACAAACCAGUGGUGGAAGUUGCUGUGAUACCAUACGUCACUCACUGGAGUCUGUUAUCAAUACAUACCAGAAGAUCAUCAAUGAACGGGACGCAAAAAUCCAGGAGCUAGAACAAAAGGUUAUCGAGCUGCGACCCACCACCAGCUGUGGUUGUUCCCAUGACACUGUCAGGCCAGCCAGCAUUGUGGGUUCGAGCUUAUCCCUUCGAGGUUUGAGUCCAGAUUCAACUUGCAGAGUGAACCCGAAGUCCCAGAAACAUAGUGAUAAAGAGGAAUUGACUGUUCUCCGGUCAUUAGAGAAAGGAGCAUCUGUCUCCCCCUCAGUUGGCCUUGAUUUAGACACAAGCGUGGAUGAAGGGUCAGAAACACAGAAACUUCGGCUGAGCAAGAGGUCGGGCAAAAGGAAAAGAUACUCUGAGGAGACAUCACCAGAGAUGAAAAGAACAAAGGCCAAUUCCUCAGAGCAGCCUAAUAUGGAAACUGAUGCUGAUGUGGAUAUUCAAGAUGAAAGAAUGGACAAACCAAGUAGAACUAAAACUAACCAAAAUGACAUUGAUGUAGAUGUUAGUAUUAAAGAACAGGGAAAGAGUGCACAAAAUUAUAAUACUGCUAAACCAAUGGAAAAGCAUGUAAUUGGAAAUAGUGACAAACAGGGCAAUUCCGGUAAAGAAACAAAAAAGCACAUACUAGUUCAGGAUACUUGCAAUUCUGUUGAUAAUGACUCUGCAGAAAAGUUGAAAGGAAAUGUAAAGUCGCAAAAGUCAAACAGGAAAAAGAUAAAGGAUAAACUGAUUGAUGAAACUAUAAUGUGCAUUCCUGAAACUUUAGCUGUUGAGUAUGAUGAUGAUUUUGAUGUUGAAGAAGAGGAGAUUGUUGAUGAGAUGGAUAAGUUUGGUAGACAGAAGUUCCAUCCUGAAAUGUCUAACAUUGCUGAAGCUAGUGUUGAAGAUAGUCAGAUUGAUGACCAGAAUAAAAUCAAAGCUGAUGACCAGAUUCAAGACAAAGUUGAUGGAAAAGCUUAUUUAGGAAGUCAAAGUAGGUUUAGAGACAAUGAUGACAGUAAUUCAAGUGUUGGAAGUAAUAGUUCACAUGCUGGUAAAAGUAAAGGGAAGAAAAAUGGAACUAGAGGCAGAAGAAAAUCGAAGGACGAUAUCAGUUCAGAUACAUUAAGCCAGAAUACAGGGAAAGUCUUUGACUUGAAAAGUAUGCUUAUGAGUCCAGAUGAAUGCAAUGAUAAAACAGAUAGAGAUUGUAGUAAGAAAACAUCCGAUGAUGAAAUAGAUAUUCAUAUAACAUCAUCUCAAAAGUUUGGGGGAAAUAGAAAUAAGGGGAUUAAGAGUAGAAAUGAGGAAAAGAAAGAUAGCAGAUUAUUUGGUAGUGUUUCAAAUGUAUGUCGAAGUAUGAAAGAAGUUGAUGCCUUGUUUGAAACACCAGAUAAAGGUGAUAUGACUAUCAUUGAAGAAUCGGACACUGAGCAAAACCGGAGGGCAAAAAGCAAAAAUCUUGGGAAUGUAUUGGAAGAUGAUGUGGUUUUGAGACGAUCACCUAGAAAACACAAGUCUUCCCUGAGUGUUGAAAGAGCUAGUCCAAGGAAGAGUAAACAGGUACUAAAGUUUUGUGGGAAUGUAAGUAGUCAGGCUGAAACUGUAGGUGGUUAUACUGUAGACGAGAAUGAUCUUACAAUUGCGCCAGAACCGAGUGAACAAAGUGAUGCUGUUAAUGAAACAACAGGGAGAGAUAUGACAUCAAAUAGUCAGAGUCAGAGUGUAGAUUUUUACAACAUUGUGCCGGUUACAAAUGGGAUCUUGAAUAACAGUAAGAAGUUCCAGGUUAGAGCGUGCAGGAAGAAAUCUAAGAAGACUGGGUUGGGGGGUACCAAGAAAAUAGAUUUGGAGGAGACUUUUAAGUCCCCGUCAAUAAUCAGUACGGUGCCGUCUUUUAAACAAAGGGGAAAAGAUGCAUUAGCUAAAGAAACUGAUGUGAUAUUGGUUGGUAGUCCUAGUGUUUCAAGUGUCGAGUCAGAUUGCGAUUCUCCUUUAUUGUUGAGGACUAACAGAGCUGCCAGUCCGAGUCCUAGUGUUGAAAUUGUUGAUACAAACAAUGGUUGUGAUGAAACUCCUCCACGCUGGAAAUCUGGUAGAAAGACAACUAGGUCAGGGUCACAGAGUUCAAUAAGUUCAAGGUCAGAUGAGGGUGCUAAGGUCACAAGAGGUCAAAAUAGAGGACAGAAAAAACGCUUGAAUGGAAAUUCCUCGGUGUCUUUUGAACAACUUAAUGAAAAAGAUAAAAAUGAGAAGUCUAAAAAUUUUCUUCAGACGACGCUUACUCAGGGUUUUUUCAGUCCAAAAAAAAAGAAAUCGCAGAAAGAUAUUGAUGAUGAAAAUCUGAAACUAGCCAUGCAGCUGUCCCUAAAGGAGAGUCAAGGAAAUGAUGUCAUUAAUUUGGACAAUGAAACAGAUGUGGAAAUUAUGUCUCCAUUUAAAAAGCCAGUAGGAGAACCCAGAAAAGAGAGUUUGACUAGAAAAAAAUCAAAAUCUAAGCAACAGAAAACGGAAGUGGGAAACGAGAGCGAUGUUUUGCAAAGGGCUGAUACGAAAGAAAAAUACAAAGUACUUAAAGAACUUCAAAACAGAAAAGAUAAAGAUUUACCCCAUGAACUGGAACAAGCAAGAGUGACUGGGUCACUAGAAGAUGAGGGGUUGGUAAGGAUCAGCCAAGGGGAUGGAACAUUCAGGAGAGAAGGGUUGAAUGGUAGUUUAGAUCCAGCUGCAGAACUGUCGGAAUGGUGCGGGGAGCCUGAGACUCUUCCUACACUUGAUACAGAUUUCAACGAGGCAGACCUGGCAUCCAGCUCUGAAAGCCUCCCACGAACAUCAACCAUGGUCCCGGAGUACACCCAGGAUAUACCCUGUAGCUCCACCAGCUACAAGUUCCCCGCUAGGAAAAAACACAGGCAUAAGAGCAAGGAAGAUAUUGAGAAUGUUGAUCCAGAUCCUGUUAAGUCUUCAAAAACGCUGCAUGUAAACCUUGAUGACAGUUUUGACAGACGUCCAAAGAAGAAGACUUCUGGGACAGAACAAGAAGUUGCACAUGUAGCUGUCGUGAGGAAAAGAGAUGAGAGGCAGAAACUGCAGGGGCAUGACUGUAAACAGUGUACAGAGUACUACAAGGCAGCCGGCUUAUCAGAUGCUGAAAUGAAGGAGCAUAUGAACAAGUGUUCCCGACACCGGGCCAAGUACGCUCCUCCGGAUACCCCGCCCCAUUUUUGGUCGGUGGACUUCAUUGAGACACAGGACUGUCCAAACACGGAGAAAAUUGAACCUGAUAAUGAUGCACCAACCUACAGAAGAAGACGGAGGCUUAACAAGUUCUUUAAAGGGAAGAAUGAAAACUCAACAGUUAUACCAGACGACGACUCGCAAGACUUAGACUUCGGUUAAUCAAAGACUUGCAAGACUUAAGACUUCAGCUUAUCUAGUGGUAGUAGAGUAAAAAUACCCUUGAACUUUUGUUGAAAUGUAGGAGGAAAUAGAUAUAGAAUUGGAAUCAUAUCUUGCUCUUGGAUUCUUAAAGAUGGCUACAUAAGAAUCCUAAAUUAAGUGUUUUGAGGGUCGAUCUCUGUAAUUUACGAGACUAGGGGUCAUGAUUAUUAACAUUCCAAAGACUAAAUUGACAUCAUUUUAGUUCAUUAAUGAGAAGGAUAUCGUAUGUGAUGUGGAUGAUGAUAUGAAAUAAUGAGAAAUGCCAUAAUGAUUGGUAUAUUUUUGCCUAAGGUCAAAUGAACUAAGAACUCCUAGACCUAUUUUCACCAUUCUUGUUUUUUUACCAUUAAUGGAAAUGGGCCAGUGCCAUUCUCAUUAGGAAAAAUACGUCAUUUCAGCUUAGAUUGGGAAUUUUAAUUUUGCCUUGAAAUAAACAAGAAUGCUCUAAACAAUAGACAGAAAGAUAAAAGAAUGUGAUUAAGUUUGUUUCAAUUUUCCCUUACAAAAACAGUAUGGGUGUUUAAAUAUUUCAUUAAUUUGUAUUUUAAAAAGAUAAUAACGUUUGGGGAAAAAAGCCUGAUGUCUAAGCAUUGGAAAGGGGCUGAAUUUUGGCCCCAAAUUGGUCAGAAAAUCUACAAUCUUCAGAUCUUAUAAUCUCGCACAAUAAAAUGUUCAACUAGAAAUCAAAUGAAAAUAUGGGUCAUAGUUAAACCAUAAAUAGAAUAGCAUAGUUAUUGCUUUGAUUGUGAAACCUUUUCAAGAUAAACUUUUCAAGAUUAAUUUCUUGUAUUUCAACAUUUUAACCUGUUAUUAAGAGCACAUAUGUUUAUUCAUGAUAUGUAUUUUGUUAAGGAAGGUUUAAGACUAUAAAUAUUAAACUGUUAUAUUUUAGGCAGAUUCCAUAUUAAUUAAUUUGUUAAAUUUACUGCAUCAUGUAUUAUCAGGUAGAAUUUAGAAGCAUCUGAUUAUAUUAGCCUAAAUUAGGAUUUGUUAAAUACUAUUAAAUAUGUAUUCAUUUAGUUUUAUUCGCCUAUUGACAGAUUGAUAAAGUCACUUUUGUAAUCACUGUAUUUUCAAUGUCUGUAUAACAUUGGUAUAACAUUUAAAGCUGCACUCUCACAGAUAUACCGUUUUUACAACUUUUCUUUUUUUUGUCUUUGAAAGAGCAAAUUUUUGCAUUAAUUUCUGCAAACCAAUGAUAAAAGAUUUCUGACAAAAGAUCAGAUCGUAGAAUUUCAUAUUUCCGUUCGAAAAUUAA